GGCCUGUGGUGGCAUUGCCUGUGGCCUGCGUUGGAGUAUUAACCUACAACACACACACGUAGAAUGCCUAAAAAAUUAACAUUGAAUAGAUUAUAGCGCGUUAAUAUAUGACUUUAUGUGAAUGUUACUGUUAACAUGCAUCUUCAUAUUUGCUUAAAAGCAUUACAUUGACAUGAUUCAUCGUUCGUUGUCAUUUGCUAAUCGUGAUUUGGAUUUGAGUCAGAGGGAGACUUAAUAUAAUUUAUAUAUUGCUCUUUCAUAAAUCAAAAAGUUUGUAUGUUAUGUGUCAGCUUCCUUUGGCUGUGGAUUCUUAUGGAUUGGUGCAGGCCAUGGGAGUGAAGUUUUUGUGCCAAGUUGGACAUGUGCACUCCUUUCUUCGUGUUCAGUCAGUUCCGUGACAUCCAGUGGAUGCAAUGCUGAGCCUUUUAUCAGUUGCCAGUUAAACACUUGAACACUACGUCAUAGGCACCAGAAAAUGAAGGAUGGUCAUAAAUGGAUGCAUAAUUAACCAUUAUUCCAAUUCCUAUUAUUCCUUUGUUGUAGUAAUGGAUAUUCAAGCGGGUGGGUUCAAUCAUGUCACUUUGUGCAGGUGGUUGGUGCAUCUCUACUGCAUUUUGGGCUACAGCCCACAUCAAGCAGUGUGCAUGUGCCUUAGGCUCAGAUUUAUAUUGAUAUACUGUAGGAUAUGAAGUUCUGGGGUACUGUGUUAUGUAUAAUGUAGAUGUGCUCCACUGCCUCUGUCCAUUAGGCUUAAGAUACAGGUUGUAGAUCAGAUUCAUCUUCUUUUAUCUUCAUUCACAUUCAUGAUAUCAGUUUGUUUCACAGGGCUGUAGUGUAGGUCAAGGUGAAUCAAUUUUAUGAAAAGACACCUUGGCUAAAGAAGCAUUGAAGCUUGUUUGGAACAAUAGUUCUAAAGCAAUAUUUCUUCAAUGUUUCAAGGAGUUGGUUGAUGUUUGUUUGUAACCAGCAAACAAGAAAAGUGUGUUCUUUGAGUGGCAAGUGAAGAAAAAACAUGGAAUUUGUCAUUGGUGGACUUGCAGGAUGUUGUGCUGGUGUUAUCACCAACCCACUUGAUGUGAUCAAAACUAGGAUGCAACUGCAAGGGGAGCUGAAACAAGCAGGCAGAUAUGUAGUGCAUUACAGGAAUGUGUUCCAUGCUGCCUAUGCCAUUGCACGUGCAGAUGGCAUCUUGGCUCUCCAGAAGGGGCUUUCACCUGCCCUUUGCUAUCAAAUGAUGAUGAAUGGUGUCAGACUUGGCACUUUCCACAUCCUGGAGGACUCAGGAAUAAUGAGAACCAAUGAUGCAGUGAGCCCAUGGAAAUAUGUGUGUGGAGGUGCCUUUGCUGGUGCGCUCGGCAGUUACUUUGGCAGCCCAUUCUAUCUAGUGAAGACGCACCUGCAGACCCAGAGCGCCACUAUCGGGGUGGGCCACCAGCACCGCCACGGCGGCCUGGCGGCAGCGCUGCGCGCCAUCUACGGCCGACACGGCGCGCGCGGCCUGUGGCGCGGCAGCGUGUCGGGCCUGCCGCGCGUCAUGGUCGGCUCGGCCACCCAGCUCACCACCUUCUCCGCCUCCCGCGAGGCCAUCGAGCGAGCAAAGGUGCUGCCGCCGGGGAGCUUCCUCUCCACGCUGGCGGCCAGCAUGCUCUGCGGCGCCGCCGUCGUCGUCAUGAUGACGCCCUUCGACGUCAUCGCCACGCGGCUCUACAACCAAGGCGUGGACAGCAGCGGCCGCGGCCUGCAGUACCGCGGAUACGUGGACUGCGUGCUCAAGAUCCUGCGCUCGGAGGGACCGCGCGGCUUCUACAAGGGCGUGACGGCCAACUGGCUGCGCGUCGGACCGCACUCGGUGCUCAACAUGAGCUUCUGGUCGUACCUGAGGGCCGUCCUGGGAGAGGCUCGUGCCGGGGAUGAGGGGUCGGUCGCGGCAGACUAACGUCGGGGACGAGCGGUCGGCAGCAACAGACUAUUGGCGAGGACGAGGGGGUGGCGGCCGUCAUAAGUGCCUUCAGCGCCCUCCAGGUCGUCGGCGAGAGAUUCAGUCGGAGGUUUAGUAUGAAUUUUAUGGAGAUUCUCUGUCGCAGAACGGUACAGCUCGCCAGAUGAGGUGACGAAGUGCCGGUAGAAUUGGGCUACACCUGCGGCAGACGCGGCGAUCAGGUGUUAGUCGCCUCUGAACUCAGCGCUCGGCCAGUGCGGAAAACGCCUUUUCCACCGAUCAUACGUUGCUUAGUGGCAACGGAAUGUCUUCCAGGUCAGUAAGUGCCCAGUAGUGUUUAUAGUGAUGCAGUUUAGCAGGGCUUUUGUGGAUUAAGGUUGUGUUCGUACAAUCACCGCACAACUUCGGAGUCGCCCCGCCGAAAAAAAACUUGUUUCAGAAACGAUAAUCUUGUUUCGUAAUCAUGGUUGCCUCCUGGGUUGUGUCCCGAUGGUGCAUUUCACGGUUAAUUUGGUGUUACCAACGUUCCUACUUUCUCAUAUGUUUUAACGAUGCAUAACAUAACGACAUAUUAGUGUAUGUUAAAUAUAGUGGCAGCUCUUCAGUCAGUCUCCAUGCUGCAUUAUGUUACAUGUGUUAGUCACCCUUAUUUACUUAUUUGUGCAAUAUGUAUGGCUGUCAUUUUAUCGCAUGUAAUAAAUAAACAAUAGAUAAUGCGCG